AUGGCAGCAGCAGCAUCCGCAGCAGCAGCUGCCAAUGCAGGCCGCCAGGACUCCUACGAGGGGCGGAGCGCCUCGAGCUGUUCCCUCUGCUUCCUCCUCAAGGUCGUUUACAUCAUCAUCAUCGCGCUCGGCGCCUUAACCAUCGUCCUCUGGCUCAUCCUCCGCCCGGGCGCCGUCAAGGCCACCGCCGUCUCCGCCACGCUAUCCCGCUUCGACCUCGCCGGCGGCGGUCAGCUCCUCCAGUACAACCUCACCGUGGGCAUCAGCCUGCGCAACCCGAACCGCUUCCGCAUCCAUUACGACUACGCCGAUGUGCAGGCGUCCUACGACGGCGAGCGGUUCGGAUACGACCCCGUGGAGCCGUUCUACCUGGAGAAGAAGGGCGAGCGCACCGUCACGGCCGCAUUCAGCGGCUCGUCGCCUGUGGACGACGGCGGUGUGCGCACGUACGGGAGGGAGAAGAGCGAGGGCUUCUACUACGUGAAGGUGCGGCUGUACUCCCACCUGGGCUUCAAGGUCAGGGGGUUCAACACGCGUCGCAAGAGUAAGAUCAGCUGCACGCUGCGGCUGCCGGUGCCAAGCACGACUGCGACGCCGGUGACGACGCAGCUGGGGACGAGGUGCUCCGUGGACUUCUGA